AUGGCCAACUCAGAAGAACAAAUCGCCCUCCAGCUUCUGAGCACCAAGUCACUCCCGGUCUCAGCAGCAUGGCUCAAUAACUUCGUUGCCUCAACCGCGCACCAGCGCAACGUGCCUCUCUCGGCCUUGGCCCAAACUGCGUUAUUCCGCAUCCUCGCCUCGGAUUUCAGAGAUUCUCUCUCCACACGAACACCAUCGUCACUCCUGCCCGUCGACAUCUUCGAUCCCACCGUACAAGAAAGGCAACUCCAAGGCUCGAUCCCUGUCCAAGUCCUCGAUAUCGAAGACAUCGGCACAGGUCUUUGGAGCCAAGUAGAAGCCAUUGAGCGCGUGGAACGUGGAGAGGCGAUUCGAGGACGGGAGAUAGUGCGGACGAUUAACGUGGACGAAGACCCGGAGCAGAGUGCGGAGGGAACCGGUGGUAAUACUGCUUCUGCGCAGCCAGAGACUGGAAAUAGCAAUGGCCCGCACCGGUUGGUCGUUCAGGAUGCGGCGGGGACGAAAGCGGUUGCUAUCGAGUUGAAGCGUGUUAACGGCAUUGCGCUAGGGAAACUGCCCAUUGGGGCUAAACUAGUGUUGCGCAAUGCGACGGUGGCGCGUGGGAUGGUGUUGUUGACACCUGAAUCUGUGACGCUUCUUGGGGGAAAGAUUGAUUCCUUGGACCAGACGUGGAAAGAGGGAAGGAAGGAGAGAUUGGUAGCAAGAAUCACGGAAAUGCAGGGACAGCAGUAG